AACUCCGGGCCGAAUCCUCCUUGGAUAUAACUCCCACCACUCCACCGGCUACCUACUCUUUUCGCCCCUUACAUCACUCUUGUGCUUCAUCUGCUUCGAAUCAAUCCAAUUAUUCCGACUCCACCGCCUUUGACUGACAUACAUGUAUUGGAGAGGAAGACCUCGAUUUCCCAUCGUCGACGUGAGGGAUUUUGGCCAUCAGUAUUUCAGAGCAAAGGGUGAUGGGUAAAUCAGUGACGCAAAGAAACCGAUGUAGAACAAGAGUAAAUACAAGGAAAACCCGUCACCGCCUCCAAACACUUCCUUUCUCUAAUGCCAACGAGUUCACCGCUGACGUUCACAUCAAAUUCGGAAUCGGAAUCAGAGAAGAAACAAAAAGAGAACGAAUACCUAAUUUGGGGGCAAUUCGCAAAGGCUGAAAAAAGACAAUGCUUUCCUGGAAUUUGGAGGUGCAAGACUUGCAAGGGCUUAAAGGUUAUUAGUGUUGCUCUCAAUGCCAAAAAAAUUGACAUUGGUAGUACGCCACAUAAGGUCCCCAUUUCACUAACUCACUUGAGAACACUUGAUCUUAGCAUGUGUUCACUUGACCUUUCGUUUGUUCUACAUGUGAUCAACGACUCUCUAAAUUUGGAGAAGUUCAAAGUGGAGAUGUGUUGGAACAAGGAUCGGUGGUGUCCUUUUCAACAAACUAACAAUAAGUUUCCUGAUAUUCAAGACUACACAAGCCUUAACUUGUGCAAUCACUGCAACAGCUACUGAAGUUGUUGAAGUUGAAAGCAUUCCAUUAGAUUAGACAUCAUUAGGUUUAAUCAUGAUUUUGUAACCAUGUUUGUGGUUUUCUAAGAUAAAACUCUAAUCUUCUUCUUUUUAUACUUCUGUGUCGUCUUUUUUAAACGUCAAAUCUUGACUCAUUUAGUCUUUGUAGAUUGUACUGUUGGAAAAAAUAUAUAUCUCUAUGUAUUAUUAAAUUUAUUUAUUAUUGGAUGGGUGAUGAAUGGGAAGUGAUGAGUUUGUCGGAAUCACUUGAGACCGUACGUUUCAAUUCCUGUAGACUACAUAGUAAGCUUUUCAUUAUGCCUAAUUCUUUCCAUUAACUGACUAAAAUGGUUUACUAAUUUCAUAUUGGACUUAAACUAUUAUGCAUUUUUAUUACAAUUGCUAAAAUGCCUAUAUAAUGUGGUUUUCCAUUUUUUAGAUUACAUUAAUUUCUAUUUUGAAUAAACCCAAAGCUUAACAUCAAGGACGGAAUUUUUUUUUCUUAAUAAGUACUCAUUUGUUGCUUUUCACAUUCAGGUGAAAUGAUGUAAGGUUUGUGUGGUCAUGGAAGAUGGAAAUAGAAAGGAUGCAAUUAUAUGACUAGGUAAGUUAUAAUUAGAUUAUUUUCUUAAACACAACCAAGACUUUAUAUGUUGGUUUCAAUAAAAAAUGUUUGGUUCAACUGCCACCAUUAGAUGCUUAAAGAAUUGUGGCUUAGAAAUGUGUUUUUGAUGUAUGUUUACAAGUUAAUGAUGUAUUUUUCUUGAGUC